AUGAAUAUGCAGCCGGUUGUACCACCCAGAUCUUCCAAUGGAUAUGGCCGUCGUAAAAAUGAAAGAGAUAUUGUGACAAAGUUUGAUAGUAAGUUCCAGGCUGGGAAAACAAAUUCUAGCAGGUUGACCAAUGCAGGUAAAGGAGGAGGACUUGAAUCAUCUUCAUGUGAUCGACUGAUAUAUCUAACUACAUGCCUAAUUGGACAUCAAGUCGACGUCCAGGUGUCGGACGGAUCUGUGUUUUCUGGAAUAUUUCAUGCAACAAAUGCUGACAAGGAUUUUGGAAUUAUUCUGAAAAUGGCGCAAUUAAUAAAAGAUGGUUCUCAAGGGCAGAAGAAUAUUUUUGAUUCUGUUAAUAAGACUCCAAGGACUUUGAUCAUAUCGGCUAAGGAGCUGGUGCAAGUGAUAGCGAAGGGUGUGCCUGUAACUAGGGAUGGGUUAACAACUGAGCUACAGCAUGACGAGCAGCAGGAGCUUAUGACCGAUUCCUGCAUAUCGAAGUCCCGGUAUAUUGACUUGGGCAGAGAAUUGGAACCCUGGGUCCCUGAUGCAGAUGAUCCUGGAUGUCCUGAAUUGGAGAAUAUAUUUGAUGGCCCUUGGAAUAGAGGCUGGAAUCAAUUUGAAGCAAAUGAAACCUUAUUUGGAGUGAAAAGCACCUUCGAUGAGGAACUUUACACGACAAAGCUUGACAAAGGCCCUCAGAGGAGAGAGAUGGAAAGAGAAGCCAAAAGAAUAGCUAGAGAGAUUGAGAGCGAGGAAACCCACGAUCUCCAUCUAGCAGAGGAAAGAGGUAUUCAGCUCACUGGAAAUCUGGAAAUUGACGAGGAAACCAGAUUCUCAUCAGUCUAUCGGGCGGUUGAUGACAGUGGGUAUGAUGAGAUUGAGGACAUAUUGUUGGAUUCUCGAAAUGAUGAAACAUUUGGAGAUAUCUCUGGUUCUGUCACCGGCAAACCUUUCACAGACUUGGGCACUGGGAAAAUCAAUUGUGAAUCUCAAAUGUCUUCUAGUUCUUCUUUGAUGGACGAAGUACAGCCUUCUCAGACUAAUACCAGCGAAGAGUUGUGUCAUUCUGGUUUUGAGGAUAAUGCUCGAUUGCUUUCAACUGACCCACUUCCUAAAAUUUCCUCCGCUAUCGAUGCUAGCAGGCUUCAAGAUGACCAGUCAACUGAACGGGUUGAUAGUACUUGCAGUAAGGAGAAUAUACAAAAGCCUACGCUACCUGAUCAAACUGAAGUGUCAAAAGCUGAUGAUAUGCAUUUGUCAUUGAGAAAUGAGAAAGAAAGUUCUGAUAAGGGUGGAUUGUCUCCAAAUGCUACUGCCUAUGAUCCGUCACAUGCUCCAUCCAAGGGUCAGGAAAAGGCAAGUUCAUCCCAUGAGUUGUCACAGGGGGCAGUACCUUCCAAAACUCAAGGGACAGUAACUUCUCAUGCCCGUCCCAGUAGUUCUGCAUCUUCGACUUCUGAUCGUGGAGGUGCCAUGUCAACUGCUGGUCGUGGAUUAUCACCAAGUUCAUCCGUGGGCUCAUUGUCCUCAGAGAAGUCGACACUGAAUCCAUUUGCUAAGGAAUUUAAAUUAAACCCCAAUGCAAAGAGCUUCAUACCAUCUCAGACGCCUUUAAGACCUGCUUCUCCUGUUGCUUCUGAUGGUUCCUUCUACUAUCCAGCUAACAUAGCUUCUGUAUCUCAGAUGCAUGGCAUGCCUGUUGGUAUUGGGAUUGGACCCUCAUUUACUGCCCAGCAGCCCAUUAUGUUCAAUCCACCGGCUACUCAAAUGCCACAACAAUAUUUUCCUCCAAACGGACCUCAGUACGGGCAGCAGAUGAUAAUUGGGCAGCCUCGGCAAGUCUUGUACAUGCCAACAUAUCCCCCAGAAAUGCCGUACAAAGGAAGGAACUUUUAG